UUACGAAGCCAACUUCAGAUAAAGUUAAAAUAAUAACCUACCUUUGUAUUCGUCGCUGUCAAUCACUAUACUACGCGGAAAAAGAGAUAUAAUUCAUUAUAUAUUUUGUUUUUGUCGGGUUCGACGCUAAAGUUUAUCAGUUUUUCUUUGUUGGAAGUCGCCUUCUGCGCCAGUGAGUGUAAAGGCUGCACUUUCAACGGAUCUAUUUUCAAUAAUUUUCCCGUGUUCGAUUAUUAAACGUCGCAAUAUUUGCAACAUGAAGGCUGUAUACGCUCUUGCUUGCCUUCUGGCUCUGUCUGCUGUUUCGGCAGAGGUCUGCUACAAUGAGGUGUCAAUGGAAUGUGGAAGGGCAACUAAUAGCUUAGCUCUGCCCAGCUGUAACGCAAUCUAUGGAAACUUCGGUCGCCAAGGAAAUGUCGCUAACGAGCUGCAGGCGUACGCCAACCUGCACCUCCGCAGGUCUUACGAGUACCUGCUAUCUGCUGCUUAUUACAACAACUACCAGACGAACAGGGAUGGCUUCCACAAGCUCUUCAAGAAGCUCUCAGAUGACGCGUGGGCGAAGACAGUUGAGAUUAUCCAACACGUGACCAAAAGAGGCGGCACCAUGGACUUCCGUUCUCGCAGCUCUCUGGAGACAGAAGCCAAGGACAGCACUCUGGAGCUGCAAGAAUUGGAGUCGCUCGCUCACGCUCUGGACACACAGAAGGAAAUCGCUGAACGCGCCUUCUUCAUCCACCAGGAGGCUACCAGGAACAACCACAAGACCCAUGAUCCUGAGAUCGCACAGUAUUUGGAGGAAGAAUUCAUCGAAGACCAGGCGAAGACAGUUCGCGACCUAGCCGGACACACAUCUGAUCUCAAGCAGUUCAUCACGGCCAACGAGGGCAAGGACCUCUCUCUGGCCCUCUACCUCUUCGAUGAGUACCUCCAGAAAGUAGUCUAAAUUAAUAUCUCAAAUUAAUUAAAAUUGUCAUUAUAUCAUAUUAGUAAGUGUUAUGGCAACACUGCAAAUUAUCCUGUCAUUAUAUCCGCCAUAUUAGUAAGUGUUUUGGCAACACCGCGUACAAAAUAUAGGCUGUUAGUUUGUGAUUUAUUAUUUCGUCAGUCACUAUUUUUUAAUUUAAGUAUAAAAAAUGUAUGCGCAUUAUUGAUUUUUUCAGUUAUUUUCAAAUAAAAAUUUAAUAAUCACCGUUA